UGCUAAAUUGAAUACAAACGUCUACUCGUACAAUCAUGGCGCGAGGAAGCAGUGCUGGUUUUGACAGACAUAUCACUAUAUUUUCUCCUGAAGGUAGACUGUAUCAAGUGGAAUACGCAUUUAAGGCGAUAAACCAGGGAGGGCUCACGUCUGUUGCUUUGAAAGGAGUGGAUACAGCUGUAGUGGCUACUCAGAAAAAAGUGCCUGACAAGUUGCUUGAUCCUUCUACUGUAACCCACCUCUUCAAGCUGACAGAGAAAAUAGGAUGUGUCAUGACAGGAAUGAUCGCGGACAGCAAAUCCCAGGUGCAACGUGCUCGAUAUGAGGCAGCUAAUUGGAAGUAUAAGAACGGUUAUGAUAUUCCUGUGGAUACCUUGUGUCGCCGGGUGGCAGAUAUCUCACAAGUGUACACACAGAAUGCAGAGAUGCGUCCGCUGGGUUGCAGUAUGAUAUUAAUAGCAUAUGAUGAUGAGAAUGGGCCCUGUAUGUAUAAGACAGAUCCAGCAGGUUACUUUUGUGGUUAUAGAGCCAUUAGUGUGGGCUCGAAACAUACGGAAGCUAACAGCUAUCUUGAGAAGAAACUCAAGAAGAAACAAGAUUAUACUAGCGAUGAAGCUGUCCAGUUGGCCAUCAUGUGCCUAUCUACUGUUCUGUCGGUUGACUUCAAACCUACUGAAAUUGAAGUAGGCAUUGUCACAAAAGAGAAUCCAAAGUUCAGGAUUCUAAGUGAAGCUGAACUUGAUAAGCAUCUAACAGCUAUUGCAGAAAAGGACUGAGAAUGUGUGUUUGGUGAUUGUAUUGAAAGUAUAUGAAUACAAUGUUAAAAUCUUACAAAUGGUGUUCUUUUAACAUUACAUAACAUGUGACCCAACUAAUAUGCAACUAUUAAAGAUCUUCUGUUUUAUUUUUGUGACAGUAUCAUAUUUUGCAUGUUGUUUAAUGUUUCAGUAUGGUAGAUAUCAGCUUGAAGGCUAAACUUCACAUUUUAUCAUCUCCAUCUUUGUGACAUUGUUUUAGAUCAGCGCAAGAAAAAGAGGCUAUAAGAAUCUCUGUUCUUAGAAAUCAGUUGUGAGUUUUGAAUGUAAAUUGUUUUCUCUGUGUUUUGAAUGAAUCUGAAGCAUACUUUAUAAGAGGCAGGAGGCUGUGAAGGAACCGGAGUAAAUAUUAAACCUU